UUUCAAAAGAUCAAAGAUCUUCAGAACCAUCUUCAAUAUGGCGAGCAAUAACUUUAACACCGCUGACGUCUACACAAGUCAGCGAUGUUUAAAAUAUUGGCGCUUCCUCGCACUUUUCGCAGUGCUUUAUAGCAACGCAUCAUUGCUAGUAGCAUCCUCCGCAGUGGACAAUAGCGUUGACAGCACGACUGAUGCUGUUGAGAGUGUUGGCUCAAUUUCUGCUGGUGGAAUUAAUGAUGUUAUUCAGAAGUCCAUGGAAAUCUUACAACUCCCUCAUGUAUUGCGACAUCAGAAACAUCACUCACAUCAUCAACCUUUGAAGCGAACACCGUUGCACCAACAACUAAGAGGCAAUUACAGCAACUCCAACGUAAGCAUCAUAAACAACAGCGGUAGUAUCAGCAACAAGAACAUUUAUUUCCAAGCGCAAUUUCAACCGUUAAUGUCAGAUCACUUCCGUCAUCCGAAACACAGACAUUCAUGGGGACGUCACGUUCACCCUAUUCUUCGCCAUCAACAACAUCAUCUGCAGGAAACCAAAACGGCUACUGCAGCGGUGGCAACAUCUCCACCAGUAAUAGACGUAGCAACGAAGCCAUCGGUCAAUAGCAGUAGUGGAACACAGCAGCAUAAAAAAGCACAAAGUCACUUUAAUCGCGGUGGCCUCUAUCAAUCGCCUUAUCAGUGGACAACAAGAGGCCCGAAAAUACGAAUUGGCAGGCGCUUUCAGAUUAAAGCCCAACCGAAUAGCAAGAGAAUUUCAAAUGAAUUUCCCCAAGUCGGCGACAUGCACGUCGGCAAACAUCAACCCGCUGUCAAAACCUAUACUGAAUUAUUUAACGAUUUACGUAUGCCGCCAAAGAAGCGCGACUAUCCCCACUCAUAUACUGCAGGUCGUCAGGUCGCACAUAUAGGUGGAGGCGCCGAUGAAAGCAAAACAUACAAUUACUUUUCAUCUAACUCUGACGAGAAUAGCGAUGCAGACUUCUCUAAUGAAAAGUGGCAGCGGAUUGACCAAGAGCACCAUCGUAAACAGCAAGAACAUCAGCGACAGAUGUUGGCAUUGCGUGCGCAUCCCUACAGUCAUUACACAGAGGCAGCUGCAACAGCAGCAGUAUCUGCAGUGACAGAUGCAAUAAAACCACAUCGGAAUAGUGAUGAUGUAAGUGCAGUUUUUUUUUAUAUUCAUAUUUUGAACUAUAUUAGGCACGGUGCACAUUAGAGCGAUACGAUAUGAAAGCGAGGUUGGGCUUGCGCGCAGUGCACAUUAGAGCGAUACGACAUGCGAUACCAUAUGCGGAGCGAUAGCUAAAAAACGUCUUUCAU